ACAGGGCAAGACCCACAGAUUUGGCUGGUGUGGGCCAUAGGACAGGGGCUACAGACAGCAUGGGGUGCAGAGCAGGGGCCACAGAGCGGGUCAGCGUUGGGUAUGGGGCAGAGUCCUUAGGAUUACCCAGUCAGAAUCACAAUAACAAUAACUACUGGUGUUCCCUGAUUUUGGGGUCCUCAGGCCCUGUGCCAGGCAGCGGACCCUCUUUCUACAGUAAUCACGGGGUACGAGGGGAGGACCAUUCAGCCAAGCGUAGAGUCAGCUGUCACGCGGACGCCCACAUCUACUACAGGGGGUACGCAGCUAAUCCGCUCCCUCCGCCGAGGCCCCCUGCAAGCGCGCCAUGUAUUGGAGGCUCCGCUAUGGAGAGGGUGCCCCCCUACACCUCCCCAGCUCCUUCUUUGACCUUUGUGUUCCCUGAGCAGUCUCUGGCAGGCGGCCCCCAGGAGUCUCACCCCAGUAUGGGCUUGCCCAACUCUGCCUACUGCUACCCUGGUGUUUUGGGGGGCAGUUAUAUCCAGUCACCCUCUCCGGACUGCUCUGAUCUCUUGGGUGGCCCGAUUUGUGGGAGCCCUCGGCACCAUUCGGAGGACAGCGAGGACGAGGAUUAUUAUGACAACAGCACCGCGGACGCUUUGUGUAACGGUGCGUGUCAUUUGCCAAGAGCAGACCCGACGCACAGGGCCAUCACCUCCCCGCCAGCUGGCCACGGCCACCAGCACCGGGCAGACGCUGUCAAUAUUUACCUGGAGAAUGACCGUCUGAGGUCUCAGUUGCAAGAAGCGUAUUAUUUCCUGAUUCACGCCAUGCAUGACAUGCCUCUUGGAAAGCACACCGAUAGCCCCACGUCCAGGGCAGAGAGACAGCCUUCCACCUCCCAGUCCCAAGACAGCGUUUACUCGUCAUCUUCAGUCAGAGCUCUAGAGAGUGACGUGUGGUCUUCAGAUGAAGGCAGUCUCAGGCGAGUGCCACCCGGGGCAUCAGGGAGCCGCACAACUACCCGGCAGCAGCUAUUAAGUAAAAGUUUGGAUGCCGUAAAUUCCUUGCCUGGUCCCGGACAGCAGGCCUUGCAGCGAUGUCACAGUGACAGUCUAAUAAAGUACAAUCCCUUCCCCAGUCCCCUGUCCUCGGAUUAUGUCCUGGAAUGGUGCCAGGGCAACGAGGGCAGUUCCGGCCUCCAGCCCAUCCUCUGCCCAGCGAGCUGGGAACACUCACACUUUGGCAGUGAGGCUCAGUCGGACGCCACGCACAACGGUGCUCGUGACAGGGACAGUAAUGCCGGUCCCGGGGCCCAUAGGUUUUCACAAAAGCAGUCGGGACUAACUGUCGGGAAGAUGCAGAAAUGGAUGUACAAAGGACGCUUGUUAUCUUUGGACAUGAAGGAACGCCUCAUCGGAUCGUCUCAGAGAGCCAACGGGUCCUGUAAGCCGGCGUCCAAUCGUUCUGAGAGCGGACGGGCCCAGCUGCCCCAGGGUACUUCAGAUCUGGCGCCUGGAGGGAACCAGAGGCCCCCGCUGACAGAUUUGAUAGAAAAUGUUUAUUCCUCGUCGGCCGUCAGAAAAGAUGUUAAGGUUCCGGAGCAGAACGAGCAGAACCUGCAGAGAACCCGGAUCACCGUCUCCAAGAAAAGGACGUGGCUGGCGCAGAGCUCGCAGAAAUCGCUGCGCAGGAACGAGAACAAUGCUUCCCGCGGCCCCCCGGCAAUCAGCCCGGCCCUUCACCCCCACAACGCCGCGCCGCCCCCCCUGCAGUCCCCCGCCGGCACCUCCGGCGACGAGAACGAUGCCGACGACGAAGGCGAGAUUUGGUACAAUCCUAUCCCUGAGGAUGAUGAGCCGCCUCCCAGCGGUGACGUUAAUUCGCCGGAUUCGUUCCGUUCCCCCAACCGCAGUCUGCAAACGCCGGGAGCCGGACCUGUGGGGAGCGAGACGGCCGAGGAGUUACCCAAAGCCAAAUGCGCCAAAGCAGGUCCUGAUCUUCAGAGUCCCAUAAAGUUGAAUUCUGCCCCGGCAACUGACUUUUCACCCCCGACGACUGACUUUUCACCCCCGUCUAGUCCCAGCCCCACAAAGAAAGCAGGCAGCAUUAGUUGGUCUCUGCCGGAUAAAAUCAAGUCCCCCCGGACGGUGCGCAAGCUCUCGAUGAAGAUGAAGAAGCUGCCUGAACUCAGCCGAAAGCUGAGUGUGAGAGCGACUUCCAACCACGCGAGCUCAGACCAUCCCGCUUCCAAAGGACGCGUCCGGGACGCCAGCCACGCGCCAUCUUUAUCCACCGCCGGCAGCUCGACGGCCGCCAGCAGAAACGUCAUCAGCCGAUACCAUCUGGACAGCAGCGUGUCCUCCCAGCCCCAGAAGAAGCAAAGCAGCAGCUCCAAAUCCUCGAGCAAAGGCGGCUACCUCAGCGAUGGAGACUCCCCGGAGCUCAUCUCCAAGUCCGGGAAACACGGGCCUGAAAGCAGAGCGCCGAGGGCCAAAGACGCUCUGCCGGCCAACAACCUAAAGGGCGACAUAGACAUCGACGCUUUUCGACACUACAGCUUUUCCGAUCAGCCCAAGUGCGGCCAGUACGUUUCGGGGCUGGUGAGCGCCCACUUCUACGGGGCCGAGGACUUAAAGCCGCCGAGGAUAGACUCCAAAGACGUGUUCUGCGCCAUUCAGGUGGAUUCGGUGAAUAAAGCCCGGACCGCGCUGCUCACCUGCCGGACCACCUUCCUGGACAUGGAUCACACCUUUAAUAUCGAGCUGGAGAACGCGCAGCACCUGAAGCUCGUCGUGUUCAGCUGGGAUCCGGCACCUCGCAGGAACCGCGUCUGCUGCCACGGGACGGUGGUUCUGCCGACGCUCUUCCGCGUGGUAAAGACUCAUCAGCUGGCCGUGAAGCUGGAGCCGCGGGGGCUCAUCUACGUGAAGCUGAGUCUCAUGGAGCAGUGGGACAAUUCCGUGGACCGCGUCGGAGGCGGUCGAGAGUCGGAAAUAUUCGGGGUGGAAGCCAGGAAAGUGGUUGAGAAGGAAAACGCGGGCUGCAUGGUGCCGCUCCUGAUCGAGAAAUGCAUCACGGAGAUUGAAAAGAGGGGCUGCCAGGUUGUGGGAUUGUAUCGUUUGUGCGGCUCGGCUGCGGUGAAGAAGGAGCUCCGAGAGGCCUUUGAGAGAGACUGUAAAGCGGUCGGCUUGGGGGAAAACGACUAUCCCGACAUCAAUGUGAUAACAGGUGUUUUAAAAGAUUAUUUACGGGAACUGCCUUCCCCUCUGAUUACGAAACAGUUAUAUGAAGCGGUGUUGAACGCGAUGGCCGUGAAGCCCCUGAAGAUGACCGCAAGCGGCUGUGAGAACGAUCCCAAGGAUUCAGAGCUGACGGUCGAGCUCCUGGACUGCCUCCCAGAUGUGGAGAGGGCAACCUUGAAAAUGCUUCUUGACCACUUGAAACUGGUGGCUUCGUACCAUGAAGUGAACAAGAUGACGUGCCAGAACCUGGCCGUGUGCUUCGGGCCCGUCCUGCUGAGCCAAAGGCAGGAAACUUCCGUUCACAGUAACAGAGUCUUCAUCGAUUCGGAGGAACUGGCCAGCGCCCUGGACUUCAAGAAGCACAUAGAGGUUCUUCACUAUCUGCUGCAGAUGUGGCCAGUGAAAAGCGCAAAAUCCCCAACCAGCCCGGCGUCUGGACAGCAGCCAUGCCUUCGACGAAAGAAGCCUCGUCCUCAGAUGUUGAAUCUGGGCAGCACUGAAAUGUCUGGGGUGCUGAGGCCCCGGGUCGCCCGGCUGGACAGUCCUUCGAGUAACCGCUACGCCGGAGACUGGAGCAGCUGCCGGGACGGCUACUUCGUAUCCCAGAGCGAAGAUGCAGAUAAUCAGAACGUCACCUCGGACGGUCUCGGGAUCCGGACGCAGUCAGGUAGUGCGAGGCAGCAAAUAAUCACGAAGGAACGCUCACUCGGGGACUUCCUAUCCCACCACGGAAGAGACGUUUCCGAGGAACAAGGAGUGAACCUGCAUGACUUACAGGAGAGCAUCGACACCCUGCUGGGGAACUUAGAGAGGGAGCUGAACAAAAAUAAGUUAAAUGUUCGUAUUUAACUCUCCAAAAUGUUCCCUUCCCAUCGCUACCCGCUCACCUUAUUAACUGUUUCUUCUUAUUAGAAGAAUGAUAUUGAUUUUAACCCCUUGGGGGUCUCCUUAAAAUGUUUCUGAAUCAUGCACCUCACGGUACAAUUUACGUAACUGUCUUCAUCCAGUCCGAGUUCAGCUAUUUGCAAUGCAAAAGCUGCUAUGUUAUUCGUGUCUCAAAACGAAGACUUUGUUGCAUUUUAUAAUAUUUACGCUUAAAGCAAUUAUUUAAAUGUCCAGAAAUAUAAAUCCUAUUUUUUUUAAUUGUUACUUUCAUAUGAUUCUUGAAGGAUCUCUCUUGGUGGCGAGAAGCCACUGGAAUGGCGGUUCUAGAUUACUGCUCAUACAGUGUUUCGUUUCACGGCUCUCAUAGUUGGCAUGUUGCUCAGAAGAUAUAUGUAAGAACAUGAGACGUGGAGGAAUCCUAAAACUCGGGUGGGAUUCUCAUCCUCUUUCAGGUCUCGGCAUCCCAAGGUCAGGACUGUGAAUGUCAGGAAGGUGUCUGUCUGUCCAGAAAUGUCUGUCUUUCUGUGCCACCUUAAUCACUUUAACUCCACAGGGAGGUCAGGUCCCCUCUUUCUAGAUUUCUGAACCCUUUCCAGAGAUAGAAGCUUCUUGGCAGCUGAUGUGUGAAUCUUGGCGCCACGAGCGAUGCAAGAGCCCAAGUGUGACAGUUUUGCGGGAAUUCUUUAUGUUCGGUUCUAGAGCAGACGGGUCACUUUUGCGUAUGUGGAAAAUUCCCUAAAGAUUAC